AUGAACAUCUCACAGCCCGUCUCCUCACAGCUGCAGGGCGUCAGCUUUGGCUGCUUGUCGAAAAAGGACAUAAGCGCCCUGUCAGCGAAACGAAUAACGAAUGCGACAACCUUCGACACUCUACUAAACCCUGUGCCUGGAGGUCUAUACACGUCAGAACUAGGACAGUUUGGCGACAAUCCAUGUGGGACAUGUGGCCUCAAGAAUCCGCAAUGUCCAGGUCACCCGGGUCAUAUCGAACUACCAGUGCCAUGCUAUCACCCAACAUUCAUGGAGCAGGUCUUGCGACUACUCCGGGCAGCAUGCAUAUAUUGUGGCAAGUUGAAACUGAAGAGAGUCUUGGUCGCGAGAUACAUAUGUAAACUAAGGCUUGUGAGGUAUGGCCUGCUGAAAGAGCUGACUGAGCUUGACGAGGUCGAGUACAGAAGUGUUAAGGGACAGCAGACUGCAGCAUCUGGAUCCGAGGACGACGAUGACGACGAGGGAGAUGCCGAUGUCAAGGCGAUCACACAGCAGUUCGAGCAGUUCACGAAAGACUCCAUUCGGCGGGCGAAGAAGGCAGGUACCCUUGGUGAGGCCAAGACGGAGGUCAUCAAGAAUGCGAGGACAGCCAUCACUCGACAGUUCAUGGCAGAUAUCGUGAAGGGGAAGAAGUGCGGGAACUGUGGUGGCAUCAAUCACACCUAUCGAAAGGACCGAUUCGUCAAGAUCUUCAGGAAGAAGCUUUCGGAGAAGGACCAUGUCGCAAUGGUGCAGCAAGGAAAGAAGGCGAAGGAUCCUGUUGUCGAGAUGCAGAAGCUCAAGCGGGCAGAAAGAAGCCGGAAGAGGAAGCGCGACAUGGAUGAGGGUGUAGCAGACAUGGACAUCAGCUCAGAAGAGGAAGGCGAUGAUGUGGACAUGGACGAAAGCUCCGAAGGUGAACCUGAGAUUGCUGGAGGAAACCUGGUUGAUGAGGCUUCAGAAGAGCGUUCUUCAAGCACAAAGACAUCGAGCAAAUCAGACCAGGACUACAUCAACCCAAGCCAAGUGAAGGCGCAUCUGGAACAGCUCUUCGAUCGUGAUGCCGAAAUAAUGAACUUGGUCUAUGGAGUCGACCUGAAGAAGAGCACUGAACGAUUAUCCGCCGACAUGUUCUUCCUGGAGAGCGUGAUUGUCCCACCGAAUCGUUAUCGACCCGAAGCGAAGACCAGCAGCACCGAGAUCUCUGAGGCGCAAGAGAACGGGCUGUACAAAGAUAUCAUCACCACGAGCGAAUCGAUAACAGCGAUACAGCGAGAAUUGACCACAAAGGAGCCACAGACCGUGUCGAGAUAUCGCGCGAGAACAUAUGCUGAUCUUGAAAACGCAUGGCUGCAGCUGCAAGAGAAUGUCAACGUUGUGAUAGAUCGAAAUCUGUCGCCCUUGCAGGGACGAGCUGGAGCUCGAAACGCUGAUGGUGUGAAGCAAAAGCUGGAGAAGAAAGAGGGCAUGUUCAGAAAGUACAUGAUGGGCAAGCGUGUGAACUUUGCUGCGCGUACAGUCAUUUCACCCGAUCCGAACAUUGAAACGAACGAGAUUGGUGUCCCGCCUGUCUUUGCUGUCAAGCUUACCUACCCGGAGCCGGUGAAUCAGCACAACUAUGAGGAUAUGCAGCAAGCUGUCAAGAACGGACCUCAUGUUUGGCCUGGUGCAGUCGCGAUCGAAAGCGAGACUGGAGCUGUGCUGAAUCUUGCGAACAAGACGGCGGACGAGCGGCUAGCCUUGGCCAACUCGUUACUUGCGCCGUCUGUUGGCAGCAAUGUGCACGGAGCGAGACCAAAGAAGGUGCAUCGACAUCUGAACAACGGCGACAUAGUCAUCAUGAACAGACAGCCGACACUGCAUAAGCCGAGUAUGAUGUGUCACAAAGCACGAGUACUACCUGGGGAAAAGACGCUUCGUAUGCACUAUGCCAACUGCAACACGUACAACGCCGAUUUCGAUGGUGACGAGAUGAACAUGCACUUUCCACAAAACGAGCUGGCGCGAGCAGAGGCCCUCCUUAUCGCGGACACCGACCAUCAAUACCUUUCUGGAACUGCUGGAAACCCUCUGCGAGGUCUCAUUCAAGAUCACAUCUCGAUGUGUGUCUGGCUGACGAAUCGAGACUUGUUCUUCGAGCGAGGUGAGUACAUGAAUUUGCUCUACUCAGCUCUACGCCCCGAGGACCGCCAUACCGAAAGCAAUCGGUUGGAGACUGUGCCGCCCGCGAUAAUCAAGCCGAAGCCCUUGUGGACUGGCAAGCAAGUCAUCAGUACCGUACUCAAGAAUCUGCAACCAGCGGGAACUGCUGGUUUGAACAUGACUGGCAAGAGUACCACUGCCGCUACGAUGUGGGGUGAGCAUGGCAAAGAAGAAGGUGUGGUCAUCUUCAAAGACGGUGAGCUUAUGCAAGGUAUUCUUGACAAGAAGCAGAUCGGUCCAGCAGCUGGCGGUCUUGUCAAUGCCGUGUAUGAAGCAUAUGGCUACCGCGCUGCUGGAAGGCUGUUGAGUAUCCUGGGCCGACUGUUGACAAAGCUUUUGCACAUGCGUGCCUUCUCUUGCGGUGUGGAAGACUUGAUCUUCACACGAAAGGGAGAAGAAGACAGACGAGCUGCCCUAGCUGGUGCGGAUUCAGUUGGUCUGAAGGUAGCUGCAAAGUAUGUCUCGCUGGAGGACCAAAAGCCCAAGAGCGACGACAGAGAGCUACGAAAACGACUGGAAGAUGUGCUUCGUGAUGAUGACAAGAUGCAGGGCCUGGAUUCGCUCAUGAACAACAGCACAAGGGACCUCAGUGGUGACGUCUCAAAUCGCUGCAUGCCAGCAGGUCUGACGAAGCCCUUCCCGAAGAACCAAAUGCAGACCAUGACUACCUCCGGUGCAAAGGGUUCCAAGGUCAACGUCAAUUUGAUCUCAUGUAACCUUGGUCAACAAGUCUUGGAAGGUCGCAGAGUACCUGUGAUGGUCAGCGGUAAGACAUUACCUUGCUUCAAACCAUUCGAAUCGAGCGUUCGAGCUGGUGGCUACAUCGUGGAUCGCUUCUUGACUGGCAUUCGACCCCAAGAAUACUUCUUCCACGCUAUGGCUGGUCGUGAAGGUCUUAUCGAUACCGCUGUCAAGACAUCUCGUUCCGGAUACCUGCAGAGAUGUCUGAUCAAGGGUAUGGAAGGUCUUCGGGCGGAGCACGAUUCAUCUGUUCGCCACACUGAAGACGGAAGUGUCAUCCAGUUCUUGUACGGUGAAGACGGUCUGGAUAUCGGUAAGGCGAAGUACCUCUCGGACUUCAAGUUCACUGCCGAGAACUACCUGUCCCUCUUCCACACAUACCAGAUGGACGAGUCGAAACAGUUGCUAGAUGACGAAGUCAAGGACCAUGCGAAAGCCGCCGAGAAAAAGUUCAGGAAGACUGGUGAUCUAGGUUCAAGUGAGCCGGCUUUGUCACUAUACCCUCCAGGUGUGCACGGCGGCAGUAUCUCGGAGAGGGUCCUUGCAGACGCGCGAGAGUGGCUCGACAAGGACCAAGAACGCCUGAUCAAAGACAAGAAGAAGAACCCCAAUGGCAUCGUCAGCAAGAAGAACUUCAACAACAUCUUGGACAUGAGAUACUUGAAGUCUGUCGUUGAACCAGGUGAAGCAGUUGGCGUUGUCGCUGGUCAAUCUGUCGGAGAACCGUCGACACAGAUGACGCUGAACACUUUCCACUUGGCUGGUCACGCUGCGAAGAACGUUACACUUGGUAUUCCGCGACUGCGAGAAAUCGUCAUGACGGCAGCUGCCAACAUUUCGACACCUGCCAUGACUCUCGUGAUGAACCCUGGCAUCUCUGUUGAUGAUGCGAAGAAGUUUGCCAAGGGUAUCAGCAAGCUGAAGCUGUCCGAGAUUGUUGACAAUGUCUCGGUGACGGAGUCGGUAGGCAAGGGUGUUGGAUACGGGGAGGCGAGGAAGUACGACGUUAAGCUCGACUUCUUCCCAAGCGAUGAGUACCAGAAAGAGUACGCGAUCACGAUACAAGACGUUGUCGCGACCAUCGAGCACAGACUGCUGCCAAGACUGCAAGCUGCGACGAGAAAGGAGCUAAAGAAGCGAGGUGCCCAAAAGUCUCUGAAGACAGCUGCUGGCGAUGAUGCGCUACCUGAGAUCGGCCAGUCAGCAGGCAGAGUAGAGGAAGAGCGAGCUCGACCAGAAGGUGGACGUGAAGGCGGUGAAGACGACUCAGAUGGCGAGGGCGACGAUGAUGCGACGCGCGACAAGUCGAAGAGCAACAAGCAACAAGCGGGCUACGAUGCCUACGAAGACGACGAAGAACAGAACAUCAGACAACGCCAGGUAACUCCCGAGCCUAUCGACGGCGAGGAAGACGAGACAUACGGCGGCUCACCACGGUCGUCCGUCGAGCCCGAGGAAGAUGGCCCCGGCGCACGCUCCGAAGCAAAAGACCGCGCAGCCCGCAUCAGAGGCAACGACAAGACCCACGACAUCGUGGCCUUCAACUUCGACGACAAAAAAGGCGCAACCUGUUCCUUCACCAUGGAGUACGACUCCGCCUCCGCCAAGAUCCUCAUGCUCAACAUCGUCGAAACCGCGCUCCACCAAGCCCUCAUCCAAUCCGUCCCCGGCAUGGCCCUCUGCAUGCUCGACGAAGAAGGCACCAAAGAAGCCGACGGCAAACCCAUCCUCGCCGCCUCAGGGACCAACAUCACAGCCAUGUGGGACUACCAACACAUUGUCCACCCACACCACAUCUACACCAACUCCAUUCACGAGAUCCUGAUCCACUACGGCGUCGAAGCGGCGCGCAACGCGAUCGUUAAAGAGAUCUCGGGGGUGUUUGGUGGUCACGGUAUUUCUGUUGAUACGAGGCAUUUGACGCUCAUUGCGGAUUAUAUGACGAGGGAUGGAGCGUAUCAGGCUUUUUCACGAAUGGGAUACCGUAACAACCCAAGUCCGUUCAUGAAGAUGAGUUUCGAGACUACACUGAAUUUCCUGAGGGAUGCGGUGUUGGAGGGCGACUUUGAUGAUCUUGAGGGGCCUAGCGCGAGGAUUGUGGCGGGACGAGUUGGGAAGAUGGGAACCGGUGGAUUUGAUGUGCUUAUGCCGUUGGCGGAGAGCCAGGAAGUUGAGGAAGAUGAGGAUGUUGAGAUGGAGGACUAG